UUUGUGUGGAGAUGAUUGUUGUGGGGUGAGUAACAGCAUGACACGGGUGAUUAGCAAUGCAAAGCUCCAGUACAGCGCCAUGAUCUGCUCUACAGAAACAUCAACCCUUUCCUGUACAACUUCAACCUCUUCAUCUGCUCAGGGACCUCACCAACCGCAGAUCUGGAACCAAAAAUGAACUGGGCGUCUUUUUACGCCGUGAUCAGCGGCGUGAACCGGCAUUCCACUGGCAUUGGGCGGAUUUGGCUGUCUGUCCUCUUCAUUUUCCGGAUCCUGGUUCUGGUGGUGGCGGCGGAGAGCGUGUGGGGCGAUGAGAAAGCACAUUUCACCUGCAACACCCAGCAGCCCGGCUGCAACAGUGUAUGCUACGACCACUUCUUCCCCAUCUCUCACAUCCGACUGUGGGCGCUGCAGCUCAUCAUGGUCUCUACCCCCGCCCUGCUGGUUACCAUGCACAUUGCACAUCGUCGGCAUAUCGACAAAAAGUUGUAUCGCCAAGCUGGCCGUACCGGUCCAAAGGACUUAGAGCAGAUAAAAAAUCAAAAGAUGAAGAUUACCGGCGCCCUUUGGUGGACAUACAUGAUCAGCCUACUGUUCCGUGUGUUAUUCGAAUCUGCCUUUAUGUAUCUGUUUUACAUGAUUUACCCAGGAUACAAGAUGUUCCGGCUUGUAAAGUGUGACUCGUACCCAUGCCCAAACAUAGUCGAUUGCUUUGUGUCCCGACCAACAGAGAAAACAGUGUUCACUAUAUUCAUGCUUGCGGUGUCUGGCGUCUGCAUCCUGCUUAACAUCGCAGAAAUCAUCUUUCUUGUUGCUCGGGCAACAAGUCGCCAUCUCAAUAACUCCAAGGAUUCCCAAGUGGGAGCCUGGAUCUCACAGAAACUGUGCUCCUUUUAGAAGUGCUCCCCCUGUCACUCCCUGAAACCUAAA